AUGGCCGCGAAGUCGGAUGGAGCGGCGGCCGCGGCCGGCCCGGAGCCCGAGGGGGCGGCGGGGGGCGCCCGGGGCGGCGCCGGCGGGCGCGGGGAGGCGGCGGCGGCGGCGGCCGAGGGCCCGGAGGUGGCCGCCACGGGCGGCGCGGGGCCCCGUUACGCGCUGCGGGACUGCUGCUGGGUGCUGUGCGCGCUGCUCGUGUUCUUCUCCGACGGCGCCACCGACCUGUGGCUGGCGGCCUCCUACUACCUGCAGGGUAAGCGCAUCUGCUUCGGCCUCACGUUGCUCUUCGUGCUGCUGCCCUCUCUGGUCGUGCAGCUGCUCAGCUUCCGCUGGUUCGUGUACGACUACUCGGAGCCCGCGGGGGCCCCAGGACCCGCCGUCAGCACCAAGGACAGCGGCGUCGGCGGGCCCGCCAUCAGCACCAAGGACAGCGCCGGCGCCCUGGGGACCGAGGAAGGCGGCCCCGAGCUGGGUGCCCGGCCCUCCUCCGCCCGCGCCUAUCGCCGCCGCUGCUGCCGCCUCUGCGUCUGGCUACUGCAGACCCUCGUCCACCUCCUGCAGCUCGGCCAGGUUUGGAGGUACCUGCACGCCCUGUACCUGGGCCUUCAGAGUCGCUGGCGCGGGGAGGAGCUGCGGCGCCACUUCUACUGGCGGAUGCUGUUCGAGAGCGCGGACGUGAGCAUGCUGCGUCUACUGGAGACCUUCCUGCGCAGCGCGCCGCAGCUCGUGCUGCAGCUCAUUCUGUUGGUGCAAGAAAACCGCGAGCCAGACCUGCUGCCCGCCCUCUCCACUUCUGCCUCCCUCGUGUCCCUGGCAUGGACGCUGGCCUCCUACCAGAAGGUGCUGCGGGACUCAAGGGAUGACAAGCGGCCGCUGUCCUACAAGGGCGCUGUGGCUCAGGUGCUAUGGCACCUGUUCACCAUCGCAGCCCGCAGCCUGGCCUUUGCCCUCUUUGCCAGUGUCUAUAAACUCUACUUUGGCAUCUUCAUUGUGGCCCACUGGUGCAUCAUGACCUUCUGGGUCAUCCAGGGUGAGACUGACUUCUGCAUGUCCAAGUGGGAGGAGAUCAUCUACAACAUGGUGGUAGGCAUCAUCUACAUCUUCUGCUGGUUCAACGUCAAGGAGGGGCGCAGCCGCCGCCGCAUGACCCUGUACUACUGCAUCGUCCUGCUGGAGAACGCUGCGCUCACUGGCUUCUGGUACUCCAACCACGGCUUCACCAACUUCUACUCGCUCAUUCUGGUCUGCGUGGUGGCCUCUAGCUUUGCGCUGGGCAUAUUCUUCAUGUGUGUCUACUAUUGUCUCCUGCACCCCAAUGGGCCUAUGCUGGGUCCCCAGAUGCCUGGCUGCAUCUUCCGUGAGACCCCAAGGUCCUGUGGUCCACCAUUUGAUGCUGUCACAAGCCCUCCAAGGUCCCUGCCAAGGACUACAGGCAUGGAGCGGGAUGGGGUUUCAGUGGGGGGUGAGCGUGCAGGGACUCCCACGCCACCUGUCUUUCAGGUGCGGCCUGGCUUGCCUCCCACACCAGUAGCUCGGCCCGUGCGGACAGAGAGGCCUGUCAUUCGGAUUGAUUUGCCUCGUAAGAAGUAUCCAGCAUGGGAUGCUCAUUUUAUUGACCGCCGGCUCCGGAAGACCAUUCUGGCACUGGAGUACUCCUCACCUGCCACACCUCGGUUGCAGUACCGGAGCGUGGGGACAUCCCAGGAGCUGCUGGAGUAUGAGACCACGGUGUAGGCCACAGUUUUCCCCCAAAAGGGUACAGAUGUGGCUGACUCCACAUCAACCACAGUGUUGCCCUGGAGUUUGAGGGCCACCAGGUUAAGAGGGAGUGGAUCUGUUGGUCCAGGAAUAGAGUGGCCGCACCUUUGGGUUCUUUUAGGGUUGAGGGCAAACUUUUAGGGGAGGCCUCAGUCCAGGCCUGGUUUUCAGCCCUCUGGCCCAUUCCUAAAGUCCCCUGAACCAGGGCCCAGGGAGUUGACUGGUGCUACAUUUCUCACAAGCUGCCCCAUUUUUAUUGGGGUCCCCAUACCAUGUCUGAUGCAAGGGGCUGAUACCCUAGCUCCUGCCUGGCGUUGCCUCGCUGUUACCCCUGGUGCACCUAGCAGAGGAAGGGCACUGUCAGAUCCAUGGCCUAGGUCCUUCGCUCUCCAGAGGGUGUGAAGAGUAUGGCUGCCUAUGUGAUGGGAGAGAAUCUCUGAGAUGGAUGGAGGAGAUGGUGGAAGGUGUGGAGCGAGCUGUUAGAUCUUGUGGACGGGGUUGGCACAUUCUGUAGAGUCUGAGGCCUGGAGCUGGGCAAGAGAGAACUUGAAAGAAGGAGAGUUGGGGUGGGGGAGUUGGGUGGGGGCUGAUGGUGCAGAGAUGGACAGGAGAAGGAGUCCUGAGGGCCCAGGCUGGCAGAAGCAUGGCAGGGUGAAGGUCUGGGGAGGGGAAUCUGCAAUCCAGAGCAGAAAGAGUAAGGAGCACGAGCUUCUCGGGAAACAUGCCUUGCUGGGGACUGGUGUGGAUGAGGUUCUAGACACCUCAGGUGAACUUUUCAAGGAGCCAUUCUUUGCCCUAGAUGAGCAUCUGGAACAUCUCUGCUAGCUGAAGGUCUUGGACAGCUGAUAAAGUGUCUAGGAAGAUAUUCUGUGUGGGCUCAACGACAGAUGAGGUGGCCGGACAGUCAGCAGAGGAAACUGUUCCAGACACACAGAAUGAAGUUCUAGAACAUGUAGCUGAUAAAAUGUCCUAGGGAGUUGCUGAUCUAUAUUCUGUUGGAAGGAAUAAGGACACAGGAGCAAGGACACUGCACCACUGUGGAGGAGUCUAGUGUCCCCUGCAGUGGUGAGGGGAAGGGGGUCCUAGAACCCAGUGCAAAUGGAACAGUCUAGGGAUAGUGCUGCAGUUCCAGACCUCUGGGGCUUACGGGAGUUGAGUUCUUGUCCAUCUUGGUCCACAGUCAUCUUUCUAAAAAAGAAGUUGUCCCCAGAAUCUGAGCUGUUUCAACUGCCAACUUGUUCUCAGCAGAAAAAAUAAUAGCUCUGUGGACGUGACAGGAAUCCUGGCUCUCUGCCACCCUGCAGAUGCAGCUCUCCAGGGCAGCAUCUGGGAAACAGUCUUGUUUUGUCUCAGAUCUGACAAACCCCCAGGAUUCAUGGUCCAUUCCCAUGAUCCAAACAUCCUGGGGUGUGCGUGGGACCACACAUGCAGGGCUGCUCCUCUGACCCAAGGAGCCAGUCCUAGAUGGGUACUGGAGUGUGGGGUGGGGAAAUAAUAGGUGGCCCUGUGGGUUGGAGGGAUGGAGCCUUCCUUUUCUCCAAACCAGCCAAGGUGGGUUCACUAGGAGGGGACAGCAGGGGACUUUAGGGACAGAUGCAGACCCUGGCUGGGGGCAAGGUAGGCCAUGAGAAUUCUACACUAUGCAAAUUAUAAGGUGUGCUAAGGUUACAGAAGCCCCGAGUGGCAGCUGCUCUCACAAGGCCCUCGAUGGCUGGUUGUCCCAUCAAAUGGUGAUGGAUAACAGAUCUGCUGAGAAUGCAAGGAGAAGGCCACACUCAGGGUGUAAAAAGGGUAGGACUAUGUGCACACACAUACACACACACACACACAAGCACAUGUCACAUCUGUGAUACAAGUAACCCAGCCCCAGGCACCACAGGUGGCCACACAGAAAGCACCAGGCCAAGAUGGUGUAUCCCUCCUGCCACACAGAACGCUUUUCCUUCUUCCUCUGCUUCUCUGAUUCCUGAGGAGCCUCAGGAACUCAACAGUGAUGAGUGGCCCCACCCUGCGUUGGCAGGUCCACUCUGGUGGGCUCACCCAUGUUCCUCAUCCACUGCCUCGAUCUGUCUCCUAAGACCAGUCCCAUGGUUGGUUAUACACAUGCCAGUCUGUGUGACAAGCACUGUUGGUGGGGACCGAGACCCAACUGCCUGUUUCCUCAGGGCUGAUUGUGCCAGGAAACCUCACCCCACGCAGUUUCCCUCACACUUUCCCCUCCUUGCAGCAUGCCAAUCAGAGGUGUUGUCUUCCCAUCCUACACAUGAGGGAACUGAGGCUCAGCACAGCCACCUGAGGGUCACCUUGGCAAGUUAGUUUGCCCCCUAAGAUCCUGGGAUGGCCUUCUGGCUGUCUCAUUCUCUAGUGUCCUAGAAGGAAAAUCUAGAAGUACCCUUCCUAGGAGCUGGGAGUCCUCUACAACUUUGGGAGCUCCAGGAGCUGGGCACGUGAGUGGGCUGGCAGUGCCAGGAACAGCUUGGGGCUCACAGGGAAACCACAGCCACAUUUUUCAAAACUUGGUCCCACGAAACUUUCCCUCAGGACCUGUGUGUGUAAGAACAUCUGAACACCAGAGAAGGUCAGGGUCACAGAGCCAGAGGAGAGGGCGGUGGGCACCUUGUGCUGCUUAGCCUCAGAGAGAGCUCAGCCUUCUGACCUGGGUUUUAGGACCCCAUCUUGCCUGCCCUGAGGUCCCCCACUCUGCUGGUCUGUCAGAGUGAGAGAGGGCCCAUUCCCUUGGAGCUGGUUCCUGUUCCUUUCUGUCACACAAUCUACCUCAGCCUGUCUGUCUUCCCUGCUAAAGCUGAACCCCUUGGGUUCUCCGUUCCCCAUUUCCUGCCUCACCCAGCCUGGAUGCUCAGUCUUCCCUAGAAUCCCUACAAAGUCCUGCUGUGAGAGGGCUCCACAACCGCAGCCCAGAGGGGCUCUUAGGAUCCUGCCAGUCACCCGCCCUCCUCGUCCAUUAAGAAGGACAAAUGGCCGGGAGAGGGGCAGUCUCUUGCCCAAGGUCACACAGGAAGUCAGGAACAAAGUUGAGAUUCUCCUGAGGAUGAGAGGUGGUCAGAUCUAUCUUAAUUUUGCCAGGAAGAGAGGAGAAGACACUGAUACCAAAGCAGCAGGAGGCCCUGCCCUCGUAUUUAACCCAGAGGGACCUGUUCCUAUUCCCAGGGCAGAUUUCAGUCUCCCUUCUUCCUUGAGCUCCCUCCCUCGAACUGACCCCAUAAGCUGCUGACUGUGGUCCCGAACCUGUCCUUAGCACCCCUCGUCACACAUGCACACACUGACAUACCAUGUGCCUUGUAACGGUCACUCCAGCUAAGCCGCACAGGCCUCCAUCCUCCCCGGCAAGGGAGGCUUUCUCAGCUCUCUCAUCUCCUCUGUCUCAUUCCUGUACCUCCCCCAAAUCUGCCUUACCCUCAGCCAGCUCCCCAUGAUGCUGUCUCCCUGGAGCUGGGUCACCCAUGAGAGAAAAGCAGAAGGCUGGCGGGUCAGGUCUCCAGGUGAGGUGGCUGGGAAUGUGCCUGUCUGGCAGCCCCAAAGCUUCCUGAAGACGAGUUCUGCAGGUCCUUCCCUUGGAGGCACUUGGCCUGGCACCGAGCACGAGAAGAAGAUUCUCUGGAGUUUGCCUGUGGCUCGCAAACUCAAAUGUCUGCAAGAAAUGAAAGCUAGGGAAGGGAUGAGGAGAUGGGGGGACCUCUGGCAAACAGGACAGUGUAUGCUCCGCUCCACCCAUUGGCACUGAAGUCCAGAUAUUUACAAAUGCACCGUGCUCAUACCAGGGUCACCAGCUUGAAAACCUCAACUUCGGUUCAAAAUGUUGAAAAGAUUCUGGGGAGGCCUACAGGGUUUGGAAACCUUGUGGGGAAUCGAGGGACAGAGGCCUUGGCUUCCUCUGAGAUUUUACCAGUCUAACUCUAUGCCCCAUCACCUGGCCAUCUGAAAGAAGAUCCCAUACCUUCCUCAGCUGGAAAGGAAUUCACAAGGACCCUGGCUUGAGAACUAUCAUCAUUUAAGGGCUACUGGUCCACCCAGGGCCUCUGGGCAGCUUAGGGGCUAGAGUCUUCUCUUUUUGGAGGGAGGCAGUGCUCGUGGUUAGAAGAACCUGCAUCGGGUGAGAGUCGAGUGCAGGCACAGGAUGAAGACUUAAAGUGCAACCCACUGUCCUGAUGCUGUGCUGGCCCCUAGGACCUGUUCCUCCCUCGCUGUGGUUCCCAUACUGAAGUGCUUUGUGAACUCUCAGUGGAAGGGACGGAGUGCCAAGCCACAUAGGCAGCCUUGGGGCAGGGGCCUAAGUCCCUUCUGAGACCCUGUGCUGGGGGAGAGGGAGGAGGACUGUAACCUGCCACUCUGGCUGGGGAGAUGUGACACUCCCAAGCCCGUGGCUGCUGCAGGCAGGGGGAGGAAGGCCUAACCCAGCCUGGCCCCGUUGAGCUGCUAGAGCCUGCCUGACACAAAACCCUCUGGGGGACACAGAGAACUUCCUGUCCUUGGCUUCUUCCCCUCUAACCUUCUUUUGACAAGAAAGCAGCCCUCUCCCCAGCAACCCUGGCCUUUAGUCUAUGCACAAUGGCCCUAAAGGACCCCAGGCCAGGCUGGAGAGGUGGGAGCCCAGGGCCACUGCAAUAAUCUCAGAGUGGAGGGGACUUUGGGUCAAGGAGGGGGUAAAGACAGCAUCAGAUGGGAAAAGUACUAUUCCUCCAUCUCCUGUCACCUAAAUCCCAGAAUCCAUCCAGACCUGCCAUGGUCCCCUCCCUCCCUUCUCCCUACCUGUCUGAUUGGGCUAAACCCCCAAACAUGAAGGGGCCUUAAGCAAACAGCCCCUGUGCCCUCUGGAAGGAGCAGGAACCAUUCCCAGGGCCCCCACUUACUCUUUUCACGCCUGAUGAUCCUGUGCUUUGGAAGAUCUGCAUUUUCUCCCAAGCAGAUCUCCUUUCUUGAUGAAGGAUUCAUUUUGCCACAUUAACUCAUACUGAGACUCUGGUUGCAGCAAAUUCUGCCAAGGCCUCAAGUGAGCUUCCAGGGCUUGAGGGUGGGGAGUUUCUGUGCUCUAUUGGAUUGCUGAUUCUCAGAAGCACUCAUGGAUGCCCACUCAUUCCUGCCUCCACAGACCCUUGGGCAGGUGCUGGCAGCUCAAGUUGGGAAUCAGUGGUUUAGUUGUCCAGCAUCCUAUUUAAUGGAAGGAGCAGGUCCAGAGAUCAGAGGUGGCCUGCCCAAGGUCACACAGAAAGCUGAUGGCAGGGAGGGACCAGAACCCAGGUUCAAGAGAGGGUCUCACCAGAACCCCCCCACACACCUAGCUCUGAUCCCGCCUCAAUUUUCCUCCAGGAGCCACUAGCCAUGCCUGAGGGGCCGAUUUCCCUCUGUCAGCACAAUUCCGGGGGACUCCCUCCAUGUUCCUUCCCUCCCUAAUUGACUCCCACCCCGCUGCUCCUGUUUCCUAGUCCGAGUCCCUCUUCCAGAUAUUUACUACAUCUGUGCCAUUCAUUCCCAGUCCCCUCACCUCUGCUCGCCCUUCCGAGCUGCCCCCGGGAGGGGGAGGGGCCCCAAGCUGCGGCUUCUGUACUAAGACUUUUUUGUACUCCACAAACUUUUUGUAUAUUUUUAAUUUUGCUGCAACAUGAGAUAUUAAAAGUCAUUUCAGUA